AACAUGGUGCUUUGGUUUAAGGGUGCGGGCACGGUUUGUUUGUUGGUGGCGUGUUGCCUGUUGGUGUACGCACACGGGAACCAUACUCCCGUGCGAACGUCUCGUGAUGCAAACGAUCGCGAUACCACGCUCGAAAACGAUGCAGACGAUAAUGAUCCGCGGUGCAUGAAUGUGGACAUACGCAACGAUUUGAGUCGAUUGUCCCUGAUCGAAAAUUGCACCGUGAUAAGAGGCUUCUUCCAGAUGGUUCUGCUCGAUCGUGUACCGACCGCAGAGUUUGAAAAGUACAGCUUCCCGAAACUAAGAGAGGUGACCGGAUAUAUGCUCUUUUUUCGCGUUAUUCAUCUUACUACGCUGCGACGAAUGUUUCCCAACUUGGCGGUCAUACGAGGACAACAGUUGAUCGGUAACUAUGCGCUGGUGUUUUAUUAUAUGGAAAACAUGAUCGAGGUUGGAUUGAAAAAUCUAAUAGCAAUACAACGAGGUUUCGUCUAUACACGACACUGUCCCCAACUCUGCCAUCUGGAUACGAUCGAUUGGGCAGCAAUCAGUGGACUGGACAAUAGUACGAAGAAUCUGAACUCUUUCGAAACACCAAAGUCGGUGUGCAACAAGUUCGAAGUGUGUCGAUCCUGCGAACCGAAAUACUGCUGGGGAAGCGAAAGUUGCCAAAAGUUCUACAAAGGAUACAAUUUUAACAAUCGAAUACUAUGUCAUCCGCAGUGCAUUGGAGGCUGUACGGGUAAAUUAGCAACGCAAUGUAAUGUUUGUCGUGGUUUAAAAGAAGGCAAACAGUGUGUGGAACAAUGUUCCGUUGAUAGGCUAAUGUUCCGCCCUACAAAACGCUGCAUUACGAUGGAAACCUGUUUGAACCGGGGUGGGUUGCUGUUCAUGAACGAGUGUGUGCUUGAGUGUCCGGCUGGAUACAGUACGAAUAACGCCGACCAAGAGCAGGCCGACUUUUCCAUCGACAAGUGCUAUCCGUGCCGAUAUCGCUGUCCAAAGGUGUGCGACGGUACGGAAAUAAUGUACCUAUCCGAUGCGGAUCGUAUGCGUGGCUGUACGAUCGUGAAUGGUACGCUUCACAUCCGAUUAACAGAGGACCAUCCGAAUCUGCUCGAAGAACUACGCAACGGGCUCGGUGAUAUCGAAGAGAUCAUGGGCAUACUGAAGGUGUUCCGUUCGAACUACAUAUCUUCGCUAGAAUUUCUAACCAAUCUGGAAAUUAUUCACGGCCUGUACACAACUGACAAUUCCAACUUUUCGCUAAUGGUGUACGAAAACAGCAACCUGCAGCGUUUAUGGAACUUUGAGCAUAAAACUUCACUACGGCUGCUUUCGCGCAGCAUGUACUUUCGCAACAAUGAGUUGCUGUGCAAUGCGCAUAUUAAGCUGCUGCGAAAAAUCGCUGAAUACGACAAUACAAGUGACACGAUCGAUUGGAACUCGAACGGAUAUAUGCAGGCGUGCCAUGUGCAACCGUUUCUUGCCCGAUUCGAGGUCUUGUCGAGCCGUAACGUGACGAUUUACUGGUCCAAGCACAACCCCAACACAUAUCACCGAGUACAGGGCUAUAUGAUCUACUACAUUCGCACGAAGGUGGACAAAUCACCGUACGAAGGUCGGGACGUGUGUUCGAAGUUUGGCUGGAAAAUGCGCUAUGUAUCGGUGGAGAACGUCACCAUUGAGGGAAGCUUCUACGCGUACAAUCUAACCCGGCUGAAACCGUACACGCGGUACGGUUUCUACGUGAAGGCGUACUAUAACGAAACGUUCAACAGUGCCACCGAUCUGGUCGGACUGUCCAACAUGCAAUACUUUAAGACAGCAAAAGAUCGACCAACUCCACCGUUGCACGUUCGCACGGCUAGAAAGAACGAAAGUUCGAUCACACUCGCCUGGCAGAUACUUGAAUCUGAGCAAGAAAUGGUUUAUUUGUACCAUGUGGAUGUAUUCAUACAACCGGACGUACCGGCAAAGUUCGACCAGCGGGAUUAUUGUACGCAUCCGCACCAACCAAGCACUGCCCAUCACGACCAGGCACAAAUCAUUGACGGUUGUACUGAGGAAACGUGCUGUGGACAGGAGUACGAGUACGAAAAAGAGCUGGAAGAUGAUGAUGAGGACGACGAGCUAACCACACCGGAUGAUUUCUUUACCGAACAGACGACGAUGGAGGAUGGUGCCCGUAUCGGAGGACGGAGAAAGAAACGUUCCGCGAAACAAAGUGCGCCGGAUACGUUCGAGAAGAGUAUGCUCGAUUUGUUGAAAACGGCUGACACCGAGGUGGAUCAUUAUGAACGCCGUACGCGCCGUGAAACGACCGCUAACAUAGUGUUUGUGAAUCGCGUUGACUAUCGUGACUUUACGACGGACAACUUCGAGUAUUCGGUCACGGGGCUAAAACCCUACACGCGCUACGUUUUCCAGCUGUUUGCGUGCAGUGAAAUCAAUACAACUUCCUGUAGCUCGUACAGUUUGUACACGGAUCGAACCAACCCUUCGCCGUACGUCGAUCGGCUUAAUGUAAGCAUUGAAACGGAAAUGCCGCCCGUCGCUUCCGAUAGCGCCGGUGCUAUGAAUGCUACGUCCACUUCGAUCGUUCAGACGACGUAUGAUAAUCAUGUUGUGUUACACUUUCCCGAACCAACGGAAGUGAAUGGAUUGACGGUGGCUUACCGAGUCGAAACCAAAGCCAUCAAUGGUACCUACCUUAAACGACGUAGCGAAUGUUUCACGAGACUCCAACACGAACUAAACCACCAUCGCUACACGCUGCUAAACGUCACACCCGGAGAGUAUCUGAUACGGGCACAAGUAGUCUCACUAGCAGGACCAGGACCGUUCUCCGAAUGGUUCUUUGUCCGGGUGCUGGAACCACUUCCCAAGAUCCAAUCGAGCGAUAACACAGGGCUUCGUGAUGGAUUGAUUACGCUUGCAGUACUGUUGGCGGUUGGUGUUGUUUUGGGACUCCUUUACUUGUGGCGUCACCAAAUCCGUUGUCUACGUCGUGCGACGGAGCGGGAUGAUAAGAUUCCGCUCGCAAAUCACGACGGAAAUCAGAUUAAUCUCGACGAUGGGUUUGUAAACUGCCCGUUGAAGUAAUGCGGAUGUGGCGUUCAAAAACAUAUUUUUUCUUAAAUUUCAAA